UUUCUCUCUCGGUGUUUACUCGCUGUGAAAGUGUAUUUAAAUGUGUAUAUGCAACACAGGUUGUAAAUAAACCAACUGUAUUGUUUAAUUCUCCAAAAAUUAACAGUUCCUACAUCUUUAUGUAAUUGAGUUAUUGAUAAUUUGAGAUAAACAUGUAGAAAAAAAAAAUUAAAAAUCGGGAGGAAAGCAUUCUGUUGGUUAACCAGAGGAAAAAAGAGAUGAAAAAGUGUGUACAUCAUUUUAAUUCCUUAUGACUCUCAGUAUACUUAGGUGUUCUCAAUGCUGCUGCUACAGAUGACCAUUUUAAUUGUUGCUGUAGCAGUUUCCUGAAGGAAGUGAAAAUCAGCAAAAGUGGAGCAGACCAGCAAAAACAAGGAAUUCGGCAUUGCCAAAGCUUUGUCUACCAUUUUCAAACUUAUGCAAACAGUUGUCAUGGAAACAGGAUAUGGACAGAUCAGCUCAGAGACUUCAAAUGUGCUGCAGCCAGAUGAAUCUCCCGAUUUACUGGACAAUGGCAAGCAUAACGUCAAAACAGCCUCCAACGAUUCUUUCUCCGAAUUUAUGACUCGUUGUGCACCGGCACUUCCUAAUGGACCAACACUUAGCAGACGGGCAGAUCGGCAUUACUCCAAGCGCAUGCGACGGCGACUUGUGUACAAAAAUGGUGAGGUGAACAUAACACAAACAAACAUACGAAAACGUCGACGACGAUUUCUCGCAGAUAUUUUUACAACUUUAGUUGAUAUCAAAUGGAGGUACAAUUUGCUUCUCUUUGCUUUGGCUUUUAUUUUGAGCUGGCUCAUAUUUGCAGUGAUUUGGUGGUUGAUCUGUUUUUCACACGGAGACCUAGAACAAGAACAACUGAAAAACCCACAACAUGUUCCUUGUGUGAAAGAAAUGCAUUCCUUCACAUCAGCUUUGCUGUUUUCGAUUGAGACACAGCAUACUAUAGGAUAUGGUUCCAGACACACAACAGAGGAAUGUCCAGAGGCCAUUACUGUCAUGAUGAUUCAGUCGUGCUUCGGGGUAAUAUGCCAAGCGAUGAUGACUGGAAUCGUAUUUGCAAAGCUUUCUCGACCAAAAAAGAGAGCAGAAACACUCAUGUUUAGCAAAAAUGCAUGCAUCUGCAAACAAGAUGGAGAAUUAUGUUUGCUUGUAAGAGUGGGUGAUAUGAGAAAAUCUCACAUUGUGGAAGCUCACGUCAGAGCUGUAGUGAUCAAAAAGAAAAUAACUAAGGAAGGAGAGGUGUUGCCUCUCUUUCAAUUCGAUGUUAACUUAGGUUUUGAGGACGGCAGUGAUCGGCUCUUUUUAGUAUGGCCUGUGAUCAUAAGCCAUAGGAUCAAUGAAAGUAGUCCAUUUUGGGAAAUGUCUCCUGAAGAUCUGCAUCGAGAACAGUUUGAGCUGAUAAUCAUUCUGGAGGGUAUUGUUGAAUCCACUGGAAUGACCACCCAAGCCAGGAGUUCGUACCUCCCUGGGGAAAUUCUCUGGGGACACAGGUUUGAACGCUUGGUCACAUUUCAAAAAGAGAAUGGACAAUAUCAAAUUGACUUCUCCCGUUUUCACAACACAAUGCCUGUGGAUACACCCCAGAUCAGUGCUAAAGAAUUAGCAGAAAUGGGAGAUAUUUUGCAAGAUCAUGCAUACAUUGAUGAAGUUGAAAAUAUGUCCCUUUGCUCACAAAAGCAAGAUGUGUUUCCAAGCCCUUAUGUGAUAAAAAGGCAUGGAGCUGUUCAAACUGACUUUGACGAUGACCUUGAUUCAAAUGAUAGUUCGAUUCCAAGUCGCAUUGCCACGGAGGAAGCAGAUACAUUACUUUUACAGCUUAAACAUUUGUAACCCCCAGGAAUUUCCUUGUCACCCUCAAUAUUGUUAAUAGAUGUACAGAUUAGUUAAGGAUAUAAGGUGUAUGACAUUGUGCCCUGAAUGCUUCCCAGUUUGAUAGGAAAAAAAUUGUACACAUGACACGAACUAUUUGACAAGGUUUUCAAGUGGUAGGGUCUUUUCUAUCUCUUUUAGUGACUCUUUUGAGCUUUUUCUGAUCAAAGGCUGGCCACCCUUUGCACCAAUGUUUAUAUAUAUGUCAGGUGUAAUUUUUUUGUACAAUUUCUUCAUCUUCCUAGAAUAUAUAGCCAGUUUAUACCAAACUUACAACAGAACAUAUUUUGCUAAAUGAGAUUCAAGUUGUUCAAAUGAACAAGUAAGAUUCUUUCCAGGGGCUGAUAAUCAAAAUAUGGUCAAUAUGGUUAUUUGAAAAUCCUUCAAGAACAUUUGGAUAAAAAAGACAUUUGAAAUUACAGAAUAUCCACUAAAAAGAGCUGCACCAUGGUUAGUCAAAACAUUAGAAAACAUUGUCAUGAAAUGUUGGCUCACAGACUUCUUGUUUAAAUUCAAAAUAAGCCAAGGUCUUUGCGAAGGUUUGGGUAUUACCCCAAAGUCAAAGUAUAUAAAAACACAUGAACAAUCAUCCCCAUCUGAUGUUGAAUCAAAUUUGAUCAAAUCAUAACCCACGUAUGCUAGAAUGAUGUAUAGUAAAGCGUAUAAACCCCUACAAAUAAAUAUGCAGAGGAAAUUUACAUUCUUGUUGAAUUAUCUGGAAAUCAACUGACCUAAUAUUCAAAGAGUUAUCACAGAGAGAACAAAUAGAAAUGUAAAUAUUAGAUGAAUACUGCAUAUAGUUAAGAGUAGAGUUAAAUGUUGUCAGAAGAAGACAUGACUCAGGUGAGCAUUGUGGAACAUGGGCUUUUUACAUUUUGCUUUUUUGAAAGAAUCAUUUUUUUUGUCAUGGUGCUGAGCAAUUGUGCUGCUAUUUUGUUAUGUCAAAGAAAAGCUGUAACUUAUGAAAAUUGCUGUUCAGCUGAUUAUUUGGUUUUUAAGAACAAAUGAGAAACAUGACCUGUAUGUAUUCUGACCUCUUGUGUUUAGGCUCUGUUGCUGCUGUUCACCUGAGAAGCCGGAAUCAAAAUGUUAUUUAUACCAGUCUACCAGUAUUUUAAUUUACUUUGCCAGAAGUAGAUCUUCAUAUUAAUCAUCAUCUUUGUUCUAUGAGGGAAGUCAUCUACCUUCUUAGGAAUUAACUUGUCUUUCAAAUUUUUUUUUUAAAUUUCCCUUGGGACAGGCUUCUUUAGUAAUUUAUGAGUUGCUUAAUAGUGCUUUGCAAAUUCACAAGCUUGUUUGUAUCUUUUUAAAUCACUUCUUUCACAGAGUGAUUUUAGUGUGUUUGUAUGAAUGUUGUUUUUCAAAUUCAAUUCUUAUUGAAAUAGGUACAUGCACUGGUUGGCCAAAAAAAGAAUGUGUGCAACCUGUGAUAAAAGGGAUUAUGAUUUAUGUACAUGUAUAUGUAUACACUGUACAAAGGCUUGAACCAGAUGUCAAUGUCACAUCAGAUUAUGUGGUGGUUAUGUCAUUUACAUAGAGUAGAUUUUAUAACAAAAAUUUUAAUAAAUAUUUCUGACUGCUAUUGAACAUGACUACCUUGGUAAAUAAGAGAUGUGAUGAACGGUGUAUGUGACAUAAGAAUAAAGUCCACUGAGUUGCUUAACCUUAUUUGCACUUUAUAUACAGGUAUACUUACGGUUCUUUACCUUUGGUAUAUGUACUUUCAGGUUGUCAUUAAUAAGACACAUUUUUUCAUUCACUGAAUUUUUAAGAAUUUUUCUUGGAACAAUUUUCUUUCUUGUUCCUUUUAAGGGUUUUUUCGAAUUGAAAUUUUUCCAUCUUUUUAUUUUCUUAGAGCCCUUUCUAUGUAGAUUGACAAAUUCUGUAAAGGAAUUAAAUAUAUAUAUUCCAGUUAAUUUAAAUAUUUUACCUGUAUUCCUUCAUAAAACUCAAAAAGGUUUAAGCAACAUUUCGUUUUUUUGAAAAUCGUUUUUAUUUUACAUAGUCAAACAGAUGACAAAAUUUAUUUUUGUAUAUAUUGCAGCUACCAGGUUGUUAUUUGGGAAGUAUUUUUAUAGACGAAUUUCACAUUCCUAAGAGUUAUCUCCCGUGGUCAGCGUAACGCUCAUUUUUCCCACUUUGUCCUUUGUAAGUUACCUGUUAAUAUUUUUUAAUGUCAAACGUUUUAGGACAAUUUUGAUCUGUACCUGUAUUGCCAGAGUAUGGGGCAACAUGAAAAACAUAAUGAGCAUAUUCAAAUAGAUUUUAUUUCUAGGAUACUGACCCAUAAAGUUGGUAAGGUUAUAGAGGGAAAACGGCGUCUUACGCCGGUUGACCCCGGAUUGACCCCGCAAAGGGGCAUAACUUUUGUAAAUGUGAAAGUCGUCUAUUGUGGCAUAAUAUAAUUUCCCUUAUUAUAUUUUUUUGGAAACAACAUUCUGUAUAUAUAUAUAUAAGGAUUCUGCCUUAAGUAUUUCAUUUCUGUAUAUGAAAGUAUUGUUUUAGUAAUUCUGUAUGCAUUGUUUAGAUUAAUAUCAUAAAUUGUUCAUAGUUGAACAUUCACCUUUUAUAAUAUAAUUUAUGUAUUUAAUUAUUGGAAUGGAAACUAUGAAUUCAAUAACUUUAUUGGCUGUUGAAAUAGAAAUUCAAUGUGUUUUUACAUUGAAUUUAAGAAUGCAUAAUAUGUCACAGUGCAUUUUUAAUUGCAUAAGGAAAUAUUAUGGUCAUAAAGACUUAUUUGAACUUUGGUCUCCAUUUGACUUUAACAUGUAAUAUGAGUAAUGAAACAUGCCUUUCCUGAACAAUUAUUAUACAAUACAAUUUUAUACCAAUUCGAGAAAAAAAUGUUUCCUGCACAGAGAUUAAUUUCCUUAUUAACAUCUUCUAAAUUGAUGUGUAUGUAUUUGUUUAUACAAUGAUUGAAUCUCACCAUGUUUAAAUUUUCUUUUAUGAUUGUUGCUGUGGCAGCAUCUUAUAUGUAACUUUUUAUUUUAAGAGGAUUGAGUCUCUGAAAUCUGCUGUGUGAUUAUUUUAUGUUUUUAUUCUUGCAUACUCAUUAUGUUGUUUUUCAUUAAGCAGCAUGAAUUCUUGAAAUCCAUAGAAUGCACCAAUUCACUUUUUGCAAUUUCUCCUUUAAAAAAAAAAAAAAAUUCUCCAAACUAUGGAAUUAUGUUGCUCAGUGAAACUUUACGAAAUUUAAAUAGGGAAUAUACUGUAGAUGAACUUUAAUCAAGUGGGAUUAAUUUAUGCUAUAUGUAUGCAAUCACAAAUUUCCUACAGAAAUUUUUCACAGCUUACUUAAAGUUCAUUUAAGACAUAGAUUGAACAGAAAUAAUGUUUUUUUUUUGCAAUUAUGACCAUAUGGAAAAAGUAUUUUUAUGGUGAUUUAAGUUCAUUUUUCCUUGCAUUAUGGUGCUAUUCAGUAUUUUCCUUUUCCUUAUUUUCCUUUUUAUCACCCAAAUAUAUUUCCGAUUUUAUUCAGAGAAUUAUUUUUUUCCGACUGAUGCUUCCUUGAUAAUUUUCCUUUUGUUGACUAUUUUUACAUUUAAAAAAUACAAGAAAGUAUAUUUGAUAUGAAAUGUCACUUUUCAAUGCCACUUUUGAUUGCUUGAGGUUUUCUUUACAAUUAGCAAUUGUCUUUUAUACAAAUAUAUAUCAUUAUUCCUCGUAAUUUCUAUAGCUUUGUUUGAUAUUUAAAACUCCACAUAUGAAGGAAUUUUUUCGAAUCAAUUCCUUUUGUGCUAUUUGGUGUUAUUUUUUUCCUUUUUGUAAGCUUCCUUUACAAGUGUUUACCUUUACUCUCAACGAGUCAGAAUUUGGUUGCCUACCAGUGCUGUCCAGAUCACCUUAUGUAUUAUUAUUUUUAGCUUUCUAAACCCUUUAAGUCCCAUAAUAUCUAUAUUUGCUUGAAAUUUUCUAAUUUAUUGAAGAUUUUUUUUUAUUCUGGUUUUAAUAAGAAUCAUUGUCUUUCAUACCAGUUGGUAUUUACUUUUAAUACAUGUACUUUGUGUAAAAUGAUUAAUUUUAUUCGCCACAGAUGUAUUUUCAUCAUUAUAAGGAAUCUAAAUUAAAUUUGAACAUGAAAUUUUCAGAAUAUAUUGCUUUUCAAAAUAUGAUAAACUAGAAUACAUGGAAAUGGAAUUAUUUUGAAAUGUCUUUAUUGUUAUAAGAAAUUCUAUUUCUGAAGGGGAAUAAAAUAAAUUCUUUAUAUGCUAGAUGAGAUACAUGUACUGAUUGCUCAGUUAUUAGAACACUGACUAGUGAUUCAGGGGUCUCAAGUUUGAAUCCUGGUCUGAUCCCUCACAUCUUUCUCCUUUCCUGUAAAAUUUGGUGCUGUGACCAGGAUGUUUCAAGUCAAAGACCCUGGGUUUGUGUCUUUGGGAGACCUUUAAGGAGUGAGAAAAUGGCGGUCUGGAGUGUUAAAUCACUGGUGGUCAGUUAUCUAAGUUGACUGAACUCCCCACUAGUGAUUCAGGGGGUUUAGGUGAUCUAAAGGAUAUCUUAAUUAAUGUUUUGUUUAGUACUAAAAAGUCCCACACUCGGUCACAAUAUUUGUUUUAACUGUAACAGGUUAAACAGAUAUAGGUUAAGUAAAUUAUAUCAAUUUUGUAAAGUUAGUAAAAAUAUGAUAUGAAUAUUUUAUCAGUUGUGUUUGUAUGGAGAGUAAAUAAAAUUGUAAAAAUGUC